UCUUUUUUAGGACACGUUAAGCGAAACAUGCAGGACCCUGUACAGCGCGCGGGCAAACGACACAGAAUAAAAACCGUCUUUUUAUGACGUGUCAUGCGUCAUCCGUUUCUCUGUUGCCUAUCGGCUCACGGUCAGCUGCGGAAUCUACUUCGUUUACCCGGUACAGUUGGCAGGGUCAUAAAGUACGGCGGUCUUCCCGUGGCUGUAUGUAUGGCUGUAUCGCAGACGCCUGCACACAGCGCGACCCAUGCUAGCAUGACUUCGUCGGCCGGGAAGACCCGUAGCCCCGACGAUAUUUUGUAUUUCGCCUACGGCAGUAACAUGUGGUCGCAUCGCAUGCAUAUCUGCAACCCGACGGCCAAGUUUUUCGACACUGCAGUACUCGAGGGCUACUAUGUUGGUUUUGUGGACUACUUCAAGAGCUGGCAAGGUGCUGCAGCCAUACUGAAAAAGAAUGCCGAACGCACCACACAUGGUGUUUUAUGGACACUUCCGAAGGGAGACAUACAUAAUCUUGACCGGCAGGAGAGAGAGUAUGAAGCCGCCGAUGUGACAGUGAAGCUGCCAUUGGGGGACAAAGUGGUCUGCCGAACAUACUUCUAUCUUCCCUCAAGGCCCGGAAAGGAAGAUAUGCCCUCGCUUCUCUACAAAGCCGUCAUCGUGGCUGGAGCAAUUGAACACAAGCUGCCCGACAGCUAUGUGCAAGAACUUAUGAAGAACCCCGACAAUGGCAAAACACAGGGUAGCAACAUUGGGGUGGACAUCGACAAGCUCCGGUCAUGUGUGAAUGGAUACCUGACCUUAUGAAUGUGUGCGAUUUAUUGAAGUGAUAGUUAUGCAAGUAUUUAGUAAACAAUUUGUUGAAAACCUG